GAAGAAGACGAGGAAGAGGACGAGGAAGAGGACGAGGAAGAGGACGAGGAAGAGGACGAGGAAGAGGACGAGGAAGAGGACGAGGAAGAGGACGAGGAAGAGGACGACUGGGACUUUGUCUCGAACUCGGAGGAUUUCUUCUUCUAUGAUGACUUGGAACACGAUGAUGACGACUACAUCACCGAUGAUGAUGACCACCUCUCCGACUACGAGCGUCACAUCCGCAAUGUCAUCCUAGACUUGGACCUGAGAAUCCACGUCAUGCCAUUACCCUGGAGGACCCUCCUCUCCAUGGCCAAGCUGCACGCCAGCCUACUUGUCGAGAUACGCGAUGCCUAUCAUGCUAGACAACAGGACUGUUUCUACCAAAGACAAAGGCAAAGACAAGGACAUCAGGGAUCAAACGCCGAACCCGAACCAGGCGCAGCAGAGAUCAUACGGCGGGCGUCAAUAGCCACGGUGUCAAAUGCGGAAACUAUGCGCUUAGUAUGGGAGUACCGUGCCCGUCUCCGCGCCGAGUUGCAAGAGGCUUGUCGGGCUAGGGAAGUCAGGCAAAGUCGCCAGAGGGAGUUUGAAAAUGGUAGUGAUGAUAGCUAAAUAGAGCAGAUUGUGUGUUUGUUGCUUCUUGUUACUAUGCGUCUGGUCAGUGAAUUGUAAAAAUUGUGGUAAUGAUCUUGGAUUUCACAUGGUUACCGACCGAG